UUAGCUCGUUCGGCGUCUUUUUCAGAUAUCUGCCGUUAAUGGUGAGUGAUGGCGGUUGAACAAUUUGUGUCAAAGACACUCGAGCUUCUACAGGAGGAGAGGGAAGCUGAAAUAGAGGAGACCAGGCUAUGGCAGGAGAACAUCUCUCUCAAGGAUCUUCAAAACAAAGGUGUUUGCCUGCUGAAACUGCAGAUAGGAAGUCAGUCCACAGGCUUGUAUGGCCGCACAGUCGUAGUCCUAGAGCCAAGAAAGCAUCUUGGUUUCUCAUCUCUACCAAGCAACAGUUUUGGACCUGGUGAUAUAGUUGGCUUGUAUGACACUGGUGGAUGCACUGCGGCCACUCAGAUUGGCACAGGGAUAGUGACCAGGGUCAGCCAAGCUUCUAUAAGUGUGGCAUUUGACGAUUCAAAGGACGGGCUCAGUUUUGAUACAGAUGCUCUUUACAGCCUGUUAAAGUUGGCAAAUGAUGUCACCUACAAACGAAUGAAAAAUGCUUUAAAUACAUUAAAUAGAUACAGCAAUGGACCAGCGGCCAAUCUGAUCAAUGUUCUUUUUGGAGACACAAAACCUUCUUCUCAAUCACAGCCAAACGAAGUUGAAUUCUUUAACUUGAACCUGGAUGAUUCCCAAAGAGAAGCUGUGUCCUUUGCUUUGGCUCAGAGGGAACUGGCUGUGAUUCAUGGACCUCCAGGCACUGGGAAAACCACCACAGUGGUGGAGAUCAUCCUGCAAGCAGUCAAACAAGGCCAAAAGGUCCUGUGCUGUGCCUCAUCUAAUGUGGCUGUGGAUAACUUAGUGGAGAGAUUAGCCCGGUGCAAGGCCAAAGUCCUGAGGCUGGGUCACCCUGCCAGACUGCUGGAGUCCAUUCAGAAACACUCACUGGAUGCCAUCCUAUCUCAGAGCGACAACGCAGACAUCAUCACUGACAUCCGAAAAGACAUCGAUAAAGCUUUUAUGGGAAUGAAGAAGAAGCAUGAAAAAGGAGAGCGGGUGAAUUUCAAAAGAGAAAUAGGGGAGCUGAGAAAAGAGCUGAAAGCAAGGGAAGCAACUGCCAUUGCCCAGAUCCUAAAAAGUGCUGAUGUCGUGUUAGCUACCAACACAGGUGCUUGUGAUGACGGCCCUCUUAAGUUCCUGCCAGCAGAGCAUUUUGAUUGCGUGGUGAUAGACGAGUGUGCUCAGGCCCUGGAGAGCAGCUGCUGGAUCGCUCUGCUCAGAGCGCGCAAGUGCAUUCUGGCUGGAGACUACAAGCAGUUACCACCUACUAUCAAAUCACAAAUUGCUGCAUCAAAAGGCUUGUCUCUCAGUCUUAUGGAGAGACUUAUCCAGAUGUAUGGGGACACAGUGGUCCGCAUGCUGACAGUUCAGUACCGCAUGAACAGUGCCAUCAUGGAUUGGGCCUCCAAAGAGAUGUAUCAGGGAAGACUGACUGCUCACAGCUCCGUGGAGAGGCAUUUAUUAAAAGAUCUACCAGGAGUCGCCUGUGUUGAAGAGACCAACACGGCGCUUCUUCUUAUCGACACUGCAGGCUGUGGUCUGAGUGAAAUGGAGGUCACAGAUGAGCAGUCCAAAGGCAAUCAAGGUGAGGUGGACAUUGUUCAACUGCACAUAAAGGCCUUGACUGAAGCUGGGGUUAAAGCUAAAGACAUAGCUGUCAUUGCCCCAUAUAAUUUACAAGUCGAUCUUCUGCGUCAGAAACUGUCUACGAGGCAUCCAGAGCUGGAGAUAAAGUCAGUGGAUGGAUUUCAGGGCAGAGAGAAAGAGGCUGUGGUGUUGUCGUUAGUUCGAUCCAACAGAAAAGGUGAAGUUGGCUUUCUGGCGGAGGACAGAAGAAUAAAUGUGGCCGUUACACGUGCGAGACGCCACAUUGCUGUAGUGUGCGACACACAAACUGUCCAGAAUCAUGCUUUCUUGAAGUCCCUGAUUGAUCACGUGACUGAGUUUGGUGAGGUCAGAACAGCCUUUGAGUACAUCCAAGAUAUCGUGCCACAGAACUACACGCGUGACCACAAAGACACCAAGGCUAAUACAUCUGCCAGCAGCUCCACAUCUACUAAACAAAGGGUCAAAGAUCAGACUCCCAGCAAGGCGAAGCAGGGACAGAAGAAAUCCACUGGUAGCAGCAGUAAGGAAAACAAUGCUAGCUCAGAGAAGCACACAAAAUCCUGUACGUCAGCACUGACAGAGGAAGAACAGAGGAAGAACAGAUACACUGAGAUCAAAGAACAGGUGGAGAAGUUUCUGAAGGACUUAAAUCAGAGUGAACUACAAUUCCCGUCAUCCUUUAACUCUCAUGACCGACUGCUGGUCCACCAGAUCGCUGAGGAGCUGGGCCUCAUGCACGAGAGCAAAGGUGAAGGGAAAGACAGGUGCAUCACUGUGUCCAGGCCCCUGGAGUCAGCACCAGCUGAGGAGCCGACACAAGCACAAGCACAAGAAGAAGAAGAAAAGGCCCGGGAAGAGGAAAUAAUCUCAAAUCCCCAAAGUGAGCCGCAGUGUCAACCUCCAUUAGAUUUGAAAAGAUUACAUUUGGAGCGAAUGAAGAGAGAGCAACAGAAGAGAGAAGAAAACGCUCAACCGAAAAAGCAGCAGAACACCAUCCUACCAGCUCAGACCCAAUCAUCCAAGAAGGCCAAAGGAAAGAACCGAACGAAGGCAGGCGCCUGCGACAUUGCUGCUGCCGCAGUUCCUGAUGAUGACUUUGACACACUUAUCAAUGCUGUCAUGAAAGCUGAAAGUGUGUGUAGUUUUGUAAAGUGCAAAGCAUCUGUGCUAACCCUUGGACAGCUUUGCCUUUUUUGCAACAGACAGUACUGUCUUAGUCAUCAUAUACCAGAGGUUCACGGCUGUGGAGAUAAAGCCAAGGCUCAUGCUCGGAUGAGAAUAAGCAAAGAAGGCGUUCUUUAUGCUGGCAGUGGGAAGAAAGACAAAUCCAUGGAUCCCAAUAAGAAAGCUUAUCUGCAAAGAAAACUGGACUCUAAACUGAAAGAUAUGGCAUCACAGAGGAAACCAAAAAACAAAGAAAAGGAAAGUUAAUGUCACCGAAUCAGUGCUUAAUAGAACUGAACAUGAUGAAACAAUUCAAAUACUUGAAUAUGUUUCUAGUCUUGAUUAAUCAAUUAUACAUACAUUUUGUUCUUCUGACCUUCUUUGGAUACGGUAUGUUAUCGGACAGUUUGCUGCUGAAUUUCAUGAGUGAAUCAUGGACGAUCAAUAUUUAAACUGUGUACAUUGUUCUUAUUUUUGUCGGUCUUAAAAGCUUUAACACCAACUCCUAUUAUGAAACACAGUGUCCUCUGUACCUCUAGAGACGAGAUGCGUCUACUGUCUACUGUAGAGUCUAUUUUACACCCACUGUUAUGGUCAGAGGACAGAUUGUCAGAGGGCUGGAGAUCUUCCCCUCCUCAUACAAUCCAGGGGAGAAGUAGGGGAAAAUCCUCUCUGUAAAUCUGUCCUUGAAUGUGUGCAGUGUUGUCAAAUUAGCAGUGUUGAUGAACACUACCUUUCCUUUGUCACAGUCCAACUCUACAGUAAUCCUCUCAGGCUUCUGCUUCAACACAAGCUUGGUGCGAGGUGAGGUCUGAGCCCAGAGCGAGUCUCCAUUGCACAGGCCAAUCACCCAGAAACCCUCGGCAGGGUUGAGGAAGAUGGUACUCUUUCUUUUGAUGGACUCCCGGGCCACUCCGAUGUACCAGUCUUUGCUUUGGCCCACCUCUACAGUCCAGCUGUGCUUUCCAGAUGUGAAGCCGUUUGCUCCCAGCACACACAAACGGCUGGUGCAGCGUUCAGGGUUGUCAGGUAGGAGCUGCUUACUGCUGUAUUGCAGACAGGUCAGCUCUUCAGAGAUCUUUAAGUUGGAGUGGGCUGUGUUUGGAUCCAGAGUGAUGGGAACUGAAAGUGUUACCAAAGUUCAUUUGAUUGAAAAUACUCAUACCUUUGUAGUAAACUUGAACUUGCAGGCAAUUGUUUGUUCACCCACCAUAUUUGACAAUGUUGGCCAUCUUCUUCAAAAUUCCAAAUUUAAGUAAUCCCAGAUGCUUUGCAGAGUUUAUCAGGAUGUCUCUGAUACACUCUGGCUCACGAAUGUUGCAUUUGACCCUAAAACAUGUUGAAAUGAUUACAGUGAUUGACGAUUAUCUAAUUGAGACAUGGAGUUAGAGCUAAUUUUUGCAGAUAGUAGGUUAUUCAUACCGUUUCUUUGUCUGCUUGUAGUCCUUUUUAGUUGAAGACAGAAAGUAGGAAAUACAUUUCAUUAAUGAAGUGUUGGCUUGAAGAAGUUAGCAGCAUAGUUAUAUGCACAUCACAGGUAGGUGCACGACUAUUGGAAAUCAGCAUAAUUUUAGAAGUGUGUCUGUUGUUUACUCUUCCCCCAUUGAUUUAAAUGGGGUAGACAAAAUAAUAGAAACACCAUUUAGUAUAAAACAAUGCAGUUCAACAGCACCACGAACCACAGCCCCCAAAAUGAUCAUACAGUUGAUAUAUAACCUUCAUGAAGGUAGGAUUUACUGCAGGACUGUUGGACUAGCUUUAGCCAGGUGUUCCUAAUAAAUUGACAACUGAUUGUAUAUACUAAUAGGCUGACAGGCUCUAUGAUGAUAUACGUGGUAAAAUAUUCAACCUGCCCAGGAUGAUAAACAUCUCACAACUAUGAAAAAGAAGUACACGAUGAAAACUGGCGACAUUAUAUAAAUCCUAAAGAAAGGGAGUUCAGAGACAAUAAUACAUGAAAUAUAUGAAGAAUAUCAAAAUAUCUCAAACAAAUCAAAAUAUCCAAAAUAGUAAGAGACAGAAAGCAUUUGGUCCACCAC